AUGGAAAGAACGAAAAAACUGCCGGGUUCGGACCACGACGACCCGGGGGAUAGGCCGGGCCAGUUUCACGCUGGCGACGAAACUAUGACUGCGGGGCGGGCAGAACUUAGGACUGUGAUAAAGCCGGACAAGCCCGGGACAUUGACGGAAGAAGACAAGCUGUUCGGACUCGCGGCGCUAGCACUGCAUUCCAAUGAAGAUGAGGAACCUUUUGUCGCCGAACCCGCUGACGAUCUCGCGGAAGCGGCGGACCCUCCUGCGGGAGCAGAUGCUUUGCAGCGGCGCAAGGAAAAAAGCAGGGCGGCUUCCGCAGCAAAGCCGGGCGGCGCCGCACCGGAAACUACGGAGGAGGAAACUGAUUCCAGUCGCGGGCGGGACGCGGUUGCGCAGAGACGAGCGAACAGAGCCGCAAAGGCGAUGGCCACGCCCGAUGAAGUUGGUACCGAGUCCGCGCCGGAAGAUGAUGCAUCCGGCGGUAGUUCUAGUUCCAGCCCUGAAGCAGGCAAGCCGAAGAGGAAACCUAAAGCGAAGGCCAAAAAAGCGGACGCUCCGCUCUCGCCGGUAGAAGAGAGCACCGCGGCGGACCUUAUGGGACGCCUCGCCAUCAGCCAAAAAUACGCGCGGAAGCUAGCCAAGGCGCUGAACAACGACGACACCGCUCCUGGCAGGGCGAAAAUGCCCGUUCCAGCGACCGCAAAAGACAAACAGCAGAUGGAAGCCGCGGGACUGAAUAUCGUGGGUGCGCCUGCAGCUGCGCUCGAGAGUGUGCGAGCGCUCAUCAAGGAUGACACCAGGACCUUUACAGAGAUGCGCCGCGGAAGUCAAGAUGUUACCAGUCCGGCGAUUCCAAAAAUAGCCGCACCGGGAACCAUGUCUCUGGAUGCGGCACGUCAACUCGAGGCCGGCGAAUUGACCAGGAACGAUACGACUUUGAGCGACGACGCAAGCAGCUGCCAGUCCUCGGCGAAGUAUGGCGGCCUGAAAAAAGCUCCGAAAGCCAAGGCGAAAGGAAAGAAAAAAGCCGCAGCUAAAACAGAGGACACACAGGAGGAGGAGACCGGGGAGGAGGAAUCAGAGGAGGACUUCAAGGGCGCGGUGACGUCAAAAGGCCUCCGGGAGAAAAAGAAGUUGACGCCAAAAAAGACGAAAAGCUUCAAGAAAACUGGGACACCAGCAAAAGGAAAACUGGAAGUGCCACCAGAGCCCGAUGGCGGGCAUUCAACUCUACCCCAGGGCAAGGUCCUCGGCGGAGAAAAAAAUCUGCCGGCGCAAACUAGAUCCACAGAAGAGGACGGUGAUUCUGACGCGAAGAAGAGUGCUAGUUCAUCCUCUUCGGACGGUGAGGAGGUGGCUGUGGACAUGGGUCUGUUCCACACUGAGGGAGUUGCUGCAGUCGAUGAAACGGCAGCGCAGCGCGAGCAGCGACAGAGCCAAAAAGCCGAGAGGAAAAGACAAUACAAGGAGAAGCAACAAGCGCGGGAACAGGAGCUGCGGGACGAGGGUUUGCCGACGCGUGACGAUUACGCGCGGCUUCUGCGGAAGCGAAACUUGGACAAAGACUUGGCGAAAAAAAUCGCGAAGAAGCUCGUGGACCCGGGGGCAGACCCAGAGGAGGAGCUCGCCGAAUCGGACAGGCAACAGCUCCGGCAGAUCGGACUAACGGAAGAAGCAAUGGACAACUUUGGAAACCUGCGGCUAGAACUCGGUCGGGCGAUCGAGGCGGAAAACGAAAGGAAGGAGCAGAAGAAGAUGGAAAUGAAGAAAGCCAAGGAGAGCAAGCAAAAAGCUGACCCAUCCGACGUUGUGGAGUUGGACGAGAAGGAGGCUCGACUGGCCGUCAAGAAACUGAAAAAGGCUGACUCGGCGUUGAAAAAGGAACAGGCAAAGCAAGUCAGCCCGCUGGACAAGACCGACGCGGAGCGAACGCUGCGUAAGGCUGGGGUGGAGAAGGAGUACGCCGCACGGCUGGCGGCCUUUUUGGCAGAUGAAGGUUUGGACGCGGGCCUGACGCUACCGGACGAUCCUCCGUCCGGCGUGGACGUGCAGAAGCUGCAGGAGCUGGGCCUCGGCCCUGGGGAAACGGUCGGCAAGAUGCGCGGCGCCGUGCGAGAGCACAAGAAACGUCUGAAGGAGCUAAAGAAGGAGAACACGGUUGAAACUGCCAUCCGCGCUAGCGCUGCGGAAGCAGCGGUCGGCGUGGAGGUAGCGGUUAAGAAGAACCGCAAGAGCGCGUUCAGAAACCGCGCGCCCUCAAAUUUGCGCGCGAUGCCCGUCGUCGCGCUCCCGGACCGCGGGGAGAUGCAAGAGGUGCUGCUACGCGCGGGGUUGACGCAGAAAGGAGCGAAGACGCUGGCGCGGCGGCUCGCGGACCUCAGUACGGAGACCCUGUACACGCUCCCGGUGGACACAUCGCAAGACCUGGAGGUUCUUGCCAGCCUCGGUUUCGGUAGCGGGGAGAGCGCCAGCCGGCUGCGCGGCUGGGUGAAAGCAGCGGCGGAUGCGAAGCACGGGAAAGCAACAAAACUACUGGACUUGCAAACGAAGGAAACAACGUUCCAAUUCGACCGCUCAGAUGCGGAGAAGGCGCUCGUCAGAGCCGGAAUCAGUGCGAUUUCAGCAACUAGGCUGGCGACGAAGAUCGUCGAAACACGGGAUCGCGUCACAGCGGAUUCGAUCUUUCAGGACGUUGAUGAACCGACGUUGAACCUCCUAAAGACCCUCGGAUUCGGCGGAACAGAAACUGGCGUGCAAUGGUCUGCGUGGGUGAGACACGCGGUGAAGAAGGACUUCGAGAAUAACCAUUUACUGCCUACUCUUACCAUCGAGGAGACCAUAGCAGAAAAAGCGCUCAUUUCCGCGGGCAUGGCGAAACAGUACGCCAGGAAGUUGGCGAAGCAGGCUGCGGAUGCGAAUUUAUCCGCCGAAACGCCACUGUCGGACGCGAAGACAGAGCGGGAUAUGCAGGUGCUAAGGCAACUGGGCCUGUAG